GGGGGCAGCCAAUGCUGUGUUCUCCAAAUGAUUUGGACCACUCUGCCCAUCAGCUGCAGCCACCAUUGCCAAUGGUUGGGGACGAUGGGAAUUGUAGUCCUCAGCGUCUGGAGGGCACCACGCUGCCUACCCCUGCUUUAACAAAGGCUUCCUAACAGUGAAAGCGGGUUUGCCAGGGGAACAGACUGCCUCAGGAUAUGGCAGGCUCUCCUUUGCUGGAGGUAUUUAAGCAGAGACCGGAUUGCCAUCUGCCACAGGUGCUGGUUUCAUCAUGCAUCACAGAUCCUACACUGAGCAAGGGGCUAGACUACAUGCCCUCCAGAGACCCUCCCAACCCGGUAAUUCUAUUAUUCUAAGGGUACAGCACACAACAGCCUGGUGGAGGAGUUGCAAUAAAAAACAAGGCUUCUUCUUGUAAGUUACAUCUGCUGCCUCCACCUGCUCUGGCUUACUUUCUCAGCACCCAUUUUCUGCAGUUCUUCAGUGGAGAGCUGCAGCAAGCUGAAUGGCAGAAAACUGUGUGUGCAGGUAGUCGAGAUUUCUGGAUACAGAAAAUGGCUCUCCGGUAUUAAGAAAUUUUCCUAGUGCAGCCUUCAUCCAACCUAGUGCCUUGCAACAAAUCUCAUCAGGCAACAAAUCUCAUCAGGCCCUGCCAGCACGUGUAUUGUAGUCAAAAAUAUCUGCUGGGCACCAGGUUGGGAAAGUCUGCACUAGUGAGUUAGGAGUUAGUUAAGUGUAUUCAGCUCAGGACAAAAAUGAAUUCAAGCUGGGAUGAGGGGGCGUUUACAACCAGAGCGCUGCUCUCAUGUAUGGAGAUCUCCCAUGAAUGGGAAAGCUGGACUAAAGGCUAGCCUCUGCCAAUGACUCACUGGGUGGCCUUGGGCAAAUCACUUUUUCAGUCAUUCGCCCGUCAUAGAGGAAUAAUGGAAAUCAUGGGUGGGUGGGUGCAACAGACACACCUGUAAAUCAAUCUCUAUCAACGGGGUACUCUCCAGAUGUUUUGGGCAACAACCCCAAAUAUCCUUGAUCAUUUGUCAAGCAUGCUAGGGCUAAUGGGAGUUGCAAGUCCAAAACAUUCGGAGGGCAGCUUGAGGAAGGCUACUGUAAAGCAAUUCUUGAGCUCCAUGGAGGAAAGGAGGGAUAAAUGAUAUAACUGCAAUAAUUAAUUAAAUUUGGAUACAGCACCGAAGACCCCAUUAAACAAAAACUUGAACUGCAUUAUUAACGCACUUCUUCCAUUUAUAUCCCACCUUUUUCUCCAAGGAGCUCAAGGUGCCAUGCAUGGAUCUCCUCCUCCACAACAACCCUGUGAGGUAGGCUAGGCUGAGAGACAGUGACUGGCCGAAGGCUACCUAGUGAGCUUCAGGGUGGAGCAGGAAUUUGGACCCUGGUCAGCCAGGUACUAGACUGACACUCUCACCCCUGCACCACCCAGGUAGUCAACCUUGUUUCUUUGGCGCCUUUCCCUGUCAAAGCACUGCAAGUCUUCAGUCUCAUUUUGCGAUCAGGUUUCCUUUACGGCCGAUCCCCGCCCCCUUAAAAAUCGCCUUUCCGAUGAAAAGAACUGCGCCUUUAAUUCCGCGAUGUUAAGUCAUAAAGGACCCGAAGAAAAACACACACACGCCUGCUGGUUUUGUUUUCUGCAGCCUCAAAACUGUCCCCCGCUCAGGAGCCUUGCCCACCCCGCUCUCCCGCCCCCUUCUCUCUGGAGAGAGGAGCGCCGAGGGGUGUUAAUGUGGUCGAUUGGGGAGACAAGCGUUUGGAAAUGUUUCCUGCUUCGCACAGAAGGAGGGGAGAUUUGCAAACUGUUGCUGCCACAUGGCUCCAUUCUCAUUGUAAUGAGGCCGGCGCGUGCCUCAUCUGCUCCAGGGGAGCUGCCACGAGCCAGCCAAGCACGCCACGUGCCAACUGGGACAACGAGGCCCGCGCCAGCUCAGCCCGGCAGCCUGCAGACACCCGGAGCAGCAGCAGCAGCAAGGCCCGGCAGGAGCGCACAAAGGACACCUGCUGCAGCCCCGGCCGGCAGCUGCAAGCGGGCCCGGCAGGCGCGCGCUCUCUCACAUCCACCCACCCGCAUACACACGCACGGCACAGGCCUGCCUUGGAACUCGGGAGAGGAGCCCGCUCGCCUGCAGGCAGCAAGGGCCGCGCCGCCGAGCCCGGGCUGGCGCGCCUCGAGGGUCGCCUCGGUCGCUGCUUCGCGCGCUGGAGCCCGGGCGGAGAUCGGGGCUGGAGGUGGGCGCAGGCGCAGCCCCCUAAGCGGGCGCCCCAGACCUCGCCUUUUCUCGCGGCUCUUGUUGUCUGGGUUGUCCUACUGGGGCACGCACGCGCGGCCCUUGUAGAAAGACAAGGGUUGGGUUGUCCAUGUGAAAAGACAGGCAUACAGGGCAGGGUGCCCACUUGAAUAAUAUAUUGGGGU